AAGAAAAUUAAAAUGCAAUUUAUUGAAUACAAAUUUUAUAGUUCUAUUUUUUUAGUGUACGUUAUAUCUUGGAUAUGAAAUUUAGAAAUUAUUUGAUUGACAAUUUUAACACUGACUAAACAUAAAUCAUUCAAAACAAUCAGUUAUUCAAAGUGCCAGUUGUGUCAAUAAUUCUAGCAAAUUUGUGAGCCAAUAUAUUCAACUUUAUUGGCAAUAUAUUUCAUAAAGUAUAAAUAUGGUCGAUUUGUGCGAAACUAGUGAUAAUUUUGAGCCUGGUGAUCAAAUGAAGUAUGUAAUAGAAGAAGAUCUGAGUCAAGUUAUUAAAAAAGUACAACGAAAUCGACAAAGGAAGUCAGAACUUCGUAUUUGGGAAGAUUUCCAUGAAAGCGAAGUCUUCAAUGCAGAAAAUCUAUUUAAAGAUCAUGCGCACUGGCCUGAUUGUUCAAAAUCUAGCUAUUGCCCUAAUAUACUUCUGCAAGAAAAUAUAAAGAACACAUGCUCAAAAUUCCUGGAAAUUUCGUUGGACGAAUCUAAUGAAGUAAAUAGACCAAGUAUCGUCGAAAUAGACUCAGAAAGUCUACCAGAUAUUAGAAUAGGAGAAACGAGGUUACUCAAAAAGCAAAAAUCAAUACGACCAAAAUCAUCACCAGUUAAAACUGAUUUUAAAAUAAAUUCAAAAUAUUUUGUACCUGAAAUCAAUCUUGAAAGUCUGAAUGAAGAACUCAAUUCUGAAUACUUCGAUAGCAUAACUGAAUUGGACGAAGAUAUCAGCAAUAAUUCAGAUUUAUUCAAAAAUUGUCAUAUAGAUCGUGAUAAAAUUUUGGAAAAAUCACGACGAUUAAGCUUUAGCACAGAACAAAUACUCCAAGAGUUAUAUGAAAACGAAUCAGACGACAUUGAAUCAUUCCAUGAUUUUCAUUCAUUCAAAAUGUCUAUUAACACAGAUUUGCGCAAUAAUUCUUCAAUAACUAAUGAGAUUGAUAAUGGAAAAAAGAUACUUAGUUUGAACGAUUACAUAAUUGCUGACCCAUUUUUUAAGGAUAAAAUUGACAAAAGUCGAUUCAAAAUUGCGGAAGCUCUCGAUGAAUUGAAGACGAUAUCGCCUAAGAGAUAUUUAGAUGCUGAUUCACCAGAAGAACUGCUGAAAUCACAAAAACGAGACAUAGAAUUUUAUUCAAGAUUUUCUAGAAAUUAUGUUUAUGAUUUUCAGAGACAGAUUAUUAAGUUAGGAAAAUUGUUUACCGCCGCCAGGAAAACAGAAGUUUUAACUAACGAAACUUGCCAAAAGUUGCUCGUGGCUCACCAAAUUGUUUUAAGGGGACUUCAGGCUUACUGCAAACACGCCCAAACAUCUCUUAUAGACGAAAUACCGGAAAAAAUACACGAAUUUAUAAACGAUUUUAUGAAAUUAUCCGAAAUGUGCAUUGAACAUGGCAUUUUAAUUGAAGACGAACUGAGGGAAAGUUGUAUUAGAAUAAUGGAAGGACCACUUAAGGAAGAAAUAGAUAAACUCAAAUUGAAAACUGCAAAAAAUAGAAGAAAUAUUAUUAAAGAUUUUCGCAGCUCGCAAACAGCAAGAAUCUACACAAGCGUCCACGAUUCACCUUAUGCCAAUAAACCAUGUUUUAAGAAAAAGUAAGAAUGCCAGUUUUAGUGCAAGGUUAAAAGACGACUGGGUUAACAUUCAGUUCGGGUUUGGGUUUCCCUCAGAAGCGCUUAAAAGCUGCAAGAUAUUUCCAG